GUAUAAUGUCGUCCAAAUCGUCUGCACCACUGGAACCCACGUGGACCGAGACGCUUGCCAAAGGACUCACACCUCGCUCUGAAUGGCCAGACAAAGACGAAUUAUUGGAUGUUGUUUACUGGGGAAAACAGGUUAUCUCCCUGCUGCUGGGCUUCAUCUUCGGAAUUACCUCACUAACCGGAGUCCUCGUUUUAGUCUGCUACGUUGGAACGUCUUCCGUCAUUGCUCACCACUUUGUUACAAAAUUCCAACGAGUGGACGAAGAAGAAGUCGGAGGAUUCUGGGAAUUGUCGAAAGAAGGAUUCGGUGCUGCUUUCGCUACCUUCAUGGUUACGUGGAUCACAACCUACACGUACUCGACACAAGUGUAGAGACCUUGGAAAUAUAUAUUAGUAUUUAUUGAAUUUUGUUUAGUUUACCUCGACAGUUUUGAGCCAAAAGCAAUCAAAGUUACAACUUAAACAUGUUCGUGUGCCGUUCUUCCCUUGUUAUUCCAAAUAUUUAAUUUUAAAAUUAUUUUAUUUUUGUUCUGUGAUGUUUUUUUGCGAAUUGUUUAUCUUUAAAUAGUUAAAUAUCAAACCCCAAUUGCCUUCCGUUCAAAUAUAUGAAUCACUUUGAAUUGAA